GGCUAAGCUCCAAAAAUGUUCCGCUUGCUGCUGCUGUGGAUCACUGUGGGCCUGGUGGCAGCUCUGGAUGAGCGGGAGUUCGAUCCACAGGUGGCACCGCAUCAAAGUUCAGUUCCAAAACCAUUUCAGCUGUGGCGAAGUUUUGCGAGUCAUGUGCGUCUCGUCUUCAGUCGCCUUCAACCAAAAUCACCAACUCCGCCCACCGUUAAGACGAGAACGGGUACAACUACCACCACUACUCCCGAACCUGAACUGCAGUUCUAUGGAGCUCUGAAUCCCAUAUACCAAACAGGGAACUUUUAAUGUUACUUAACUAAGCUUUAUUACGAAACUCUUAGGCUAUAUUUUGGGUGAGUGCUGUUGCUUUAGCGGAACUUCUUGCCGAAUAGGCUCUUGAAGCUGCCGAGUCCACCGAAGCCGCCGCCGAAACCGUGUCCUCCAAAUCCACCGCCAAAGCCAUGUCCCAGACCACCGAAUCCUCCCUUCAAGCCGCCGAGUCCUCCGAAGCCGCCGAACUUGCCGCCAAGUCCUCCUAGUCCUCGUACCACUCUCUCGCCCUCCAGUUCAUCCACUUGUGGCUCCUGUUCCGCCUCCAAUUCCAAGAGUGUCAAUGGUUCUCCAUUGUCGAAAUCCACAGGUAUGGCCAGAGAGCAGGAGAUCACGGCGAUCAGGGCGAGACUCAGGGCAAGAAACUUCAUUUUAGUGCGUCUCGAAGGGAUUCAAACAGAUUAAUGGCAGCUGAUUGAUGGAUGUUCGCUGGAUUGGUACUUAAUACCAAGUGCCAUGACAACUAGGUUUAUAUACUUCUGGUCUGGGACUUGGGCUCGUGCGAAGAGUUGCUAAUUCGCAGUGUCAACAAAGUGUGGACCCAGCAACGGCUGCGAUCUGCGAUCUUGACCAAAUAUACUCGUACUUUCAUUCAUCCAA